AUGGCACCUACCAAGGACAAAACCCCUCCCUCCAAGACCGACAACAAAGUCGUCAAGACUCAAGCCUCCAUGCGAAGCGGUCGCAACCGCAAGUUCGGUAACGUCAUGAGCGACGACAAUUUCCGCUUCAUGUGGACUUGCCUCGAAGGUGUUCAGGUUGACUACCGCACUGUUGCUGGAAAGCUGGGCAUCUCUUACUCUGCCGCGAAUCAACGCUACUACAAUCUGCGUGACUACUUCAAGCACCUUGCUGAGCUUGAGGGCCGUCCCCAGCCUGCCACUGUUCAGCCUUCUGGCCGUCCCAAGGGCGCCAAGAAGGUUACGAAGAAGGGUUCCAAGAAGAACACUAAGGGAAAGGGCAAGGGCAAGGCUCCUGCUAAGUCUGACGACGAUGAUACCUCCAUCGACCUGACCCAGGAUGACGACCACGUGGACCUGACUCGCGAUGAUGAUGACAUGUCUGACAUGGAUGAAAACAUGAGCGACGCAUCCAGCUCCAAGGGCGAACUUUACGCUCUUAUCAAGAAGGAGAUCGAGGAAGCCGACAAGGAUCAGACUAUCUUCCCCAAGACUGAAGAUGCUCAGGCUGAACCCGCUGAAGAUGCCCAGCCGACUGAAGAGGCUGGACCUGCUGAAAAGGCUGGACCCAUUGAAAAGGCUGCCCCUGUUGAAGAGGCUGCACAGACUGAGGAUGCUGCAAAGGCUGGACCCAUUGAAAAGGCUGCCCCUGUUGAAGAGGCUGCACAGACUGAGGAUGCUGCAAAGGCUGAAGAGGCUGAGGCUGAACAGCGCGAUGAAGAUUCUCUGCCUGAUUAUGAGGAUGCCAAAGAUGUUCAGGAUGAGGAGGACGUUGAUGUUGCUUAG